AUGGUUUCCUUGGAGGCAUUGGUGUGGCCUGGAAGGAAGAAGGAUGAGAUGGAUGUUCAGUUUCUUAGUAAAGAGAAUCAGUUCAUUCAUAGUCGUAUUAAGGAUCAGUCUGACAAAGAGUGGCUCUUUACAGCCAUCUAUGCUAGCCCAAAUAAUGAUAAUAGGAAAAUUAUGUUGGAGGAUAUUAGAAGAAUAGCGGAGGAUGUGAAAGGUCCUCGGUUACUUGCUAGGGACUUUAAUGAUAUAGCCUAUAAUAUUGAUAAAAAGGGUGGAACACUCACUUCUUCAAGUAAAUGCAAAUUGUUUCGAGAUAGAAUUAACGAAUGCAAUCUUUUGCAUAUGGAGACUGUUGGUCUGAAAUUUACAUGGAGAGGCCCCUUGUUCCACGGGGGACAACGCAUCUAUGAGAAACUAGAUAGAGUUCCAAGCAAUGAGGAGUAG